CCUAGCUAGCAAUGAUAGCGAGACAGAUAAAAGCCAAAUACGUAUUCCCUCGGGAGGCAGUGAGAGAAAGAGAGCAUUCGUGAGAUUGCUGAAUUCAAGAAGACAAAAGCCAUAUCGUCUGUCAAUAUUCCUCCUUUUCAUUGCGUUUUUAGCCUCCAGAAGAUUGGGUUCUUAUCCAAUCGCCACCUUUGUUGAUACCCACAUCUCUAUUUUAGCAAUAAUUACUAUGUUGUGCUUGCUCAGGGAUCAUGUGCAAAGCAGCUGACUAGCAAUGUCAGCAUCUUUUCCAGUUCUUCCUACCCCUCUCGAAGAGAAAUACCCUAAAUUACCUGAUUCUUUUCAAGUUUCUUCAGAAAGAGAACUGACAAAAGGUCCAGUAUCCCAACAGGCAUCUUCACUGGGUCCUAAUAUUGGGACAACUGGGCACUUGUCUUCAUCAUCUUUGAGAUUUCUCAAUCAAGUUCAUUCUUCUUUCUCUUCACCACGCAGAGUGCAGUCUCAGAAUUAUCCAUUCAUUGCUAAGUCAUCAAGUGACGGAGGACCUUUGUUAGGGGCACCAACCGGUUCUUCCCAUUCAGACGUGCAACCCACAGCACUAAUGACUGAUCCUGAAGAAAAUAACAAUAUGUCCUGGUCUAUAGAUCCUCUUCAUGACUUGCUUGAUUUUCCAGAAAAUAUCCCUGUCCAGAAUGGGCAAGUGGAAAGUAAUAUUGGUGUAAUUUCAUCUGAGGACAUUUCUAAGAAGGCAGAUUGGCAGGAUUGGGCAGAUCAGUUGAUCUCUGUUGAUGAUGAUCUGGAACCAAAUUGGAGUGAAAUUCUUAAUGAUGCUAAUGCUACAGAUGCCAAACAAAAGGUGCUGAAAUCACCUUCUGGAAUCUCAGUGCAACCCCAAAUACAUCAGCAUCAAGUGGUAUCCAGUGGAGAAACAUAUACUGCUGCUAACCCAACAUCUGCUGCACCUGCAGCAAAAACCCGGAUGCGUUGGACACCUGAACUUCAUGAUGCUUUUGUAGAAGCUGUCAACAAGCUUGGUGGUAGUGAACGAGCUACUCCAAAGGGUGUCUUAAAGCUCAUGAAUGUUGAGGGCUUGACCAUCUACCAUGUUAAAAGCCACUUGCAGAAGUACAGAACGGCAAGAUAUAAACCAGAGUCAUCUGAAGGAUCUUCAGAGAAAAAGUUGAAUCCUAUUGAUGAAAUGAAAUCUCUUGACUUGAAAACGAGCAUGGGGAUCACUGAAGCAUUGCGAUUGCAAAUGGAGGUUCAGAAGCGACUCCAUGAACAGCUUGAGAUUCAGAGAAAUUUACAAUUGAGAAUUGAGGAACAAGGGAGGUAUCUUCAAAUGAUGUUUGAAAAACAAAGAAAGAUGGAGGAAGAAAAAUCCAAGGAUUCUUCCUCUUCCCCUGUGGAUGACCCUUCUCUGCCACAGUCAAAUUUAGUGCAACAACCUGGAAAUAAUAAAUCAGAAGUCUCUCAGCAGGAUAAUGCCAAAACAGGGUUUGAUGGAAACGAUGCUGGCUCUGCACUGGAAGAAAGUUUCCAAAGUGUAAGCAAAAAGCAAAAGGUCCAGGAAAACAAAACUUGUAAGGGUUUUGACCCAGAAGACAAUGAGUGUAGUCCAGCAUCUGCAAAGCGACCGAGAACGGAUGAAACAGAGUUGUAAUCAAGUGGCUGCUUUUUAUACCCCUUGAAAUUUUGUUGGACCUGAUCAUGAUGUAGCGAGCUAGAAAUAGAUAAUAGGGCUGUGUGCCUUAUGAUGAAGCGUAAUUAUUGGGAACAGGGGAAUAUUGGCACUCAGGAGCUCUUUUUCUUGCUGUCUAGCUAAGAAUCAACGGAUCCAAAGGAAUUUUUUGACUCGACCUUUCCUAUUUUCCAGGAUUGAACUUACAUUAGGAAACUGAUAUUACUGUACAUGCUUGUGCAAUGUUGAUUAUUAGAAGAAAAUAAAUUGCAAAUUCAAUCAAAUAAUAUGCUUCAAGUGAGAAAUUAA